ACGAGGAUUUCACGCGUUUUUUUUUUAGAACGGCCAAUAGGCCACCUAUCAACUUCCACUUUCGAAAGAAAUUGCAAGCGAGCUAUGAAAGACAGAGUAUUAAAUUUAACACCAGACGAAAAAGAAAAAUCAAAAACUAUCUACUGCGCAUAUAUAUUUAUAUAUAUCCGCUUAUUUCCAGUUUCACCUGUGUCGAUCACGAAUAAAGUUCCAAAACAACGGUGAGAAGCCAUGUGAUUCGUUUUGCCGGAUUGAAGUAUCAAAACAGAACCGAAAGAGCAAAGACUGGAAAAUUUCAGAAAGAAAGAGAAUGUUUUUGUCUUUACCUGACCAGAGCUUGAUCAAUGUUCGUUAGUUUACGGUGAGCGGCAGAGGCAGUUGGACGUGAGAUUUCGCGAUCGGUCGAACAUUCCUCAAGCGAUCACCAGAGGAAGAUUACUCAUGCUGUCAAGGGAACAAGAGUAGUCAUACAUUGUCGUAAACAAUGUUGUUAUUAUAAAAUGUGGUAAUUCCUCGACUGUUGAUCGAUUGUUUUAUAUAAUGGUUACCACAAUAAAAUCAAUUUGCUUGUUUGUCCUGUCGCUGGUUGUCCAUGCGGAGGCGGUAAAUUUGGUAGCCUACAUUUCACAACAUGGACUGCAUGGUGAGAUUUCCUUCUCACAGUACACCGAACGACAGGUUCAAAUAGCAACCGAUUUGGAAACCACACUCCAAUAUCCAGAUCAAGCGUGGAGUUGGGGUGUGUAUCAACUACCGGUUGAUUACACGAUCGUCGAUCCCAAAGACAGAUGUGAUCUGAAGGCGUUGGGCGAGCAACUGUGGUCGUUCGACGAUGACCUAGGCUUUUUGACACUCCCAGGUAAUGAAUCUUCAACGUGGCUGAACGACAUCCGGUUGACAGGAGAAAAGGGACUGUGGGGCAAAUCGUUGGUGCUGUUUGAUCCGAAUAGUAAUUUCAGAAUUUGCGCAACUGUCACAACCAGAGAUGGCUCACAAGAUCACAUUGCUGAGGCAAGGUUCAAUGGUCCCGUCACCGGUUCCAUAUAUUUCCGUUGGUUAGCAUCGAAGGAGACUCAUCAUUCCGAUACACUGAUUUACUCGAACCUGUUUCAUAUUCGUGAACAAUCCAGGAAACUGAAUAAUCCAGAUUACACAGAACACGCUUGGAAAAUUUACGUAACAGAUAUUUUCGAAAACGAUAAUGCCGCUGUCGAAGAUAAUUGCAAUAAACUUCAACUAGUGUUCGAUCCACAGGUACGUGGAACUGGAAAAGCUGUUGGUGACAUCGAUGCUCGAUUAGGCAAUUUAAAGAUAACGACAGAUUCGCAAAAGUUCAAAUAUCCCCAAUUGUUCAACGAUAAAGAGUUUGUCGUUCUGCCAAGUGACUUGUACGGUCCUUCGCGAAAACUGUACGUUGUAAUUUUCGAUCCAGUCCAUCCGGAUACGUUCCUAUCAUGUGCUAAGCUCAGACAUUUGAAAUCUAAAUCAGCCAGAGCAUUGGUCAAUGGAGGUGGAAUAAAAGGCGAGAUCCGUUUUGUACAGAGAUCACGUUUCGAGCCAACUUGGAUUAAUGGCUCUUUUUCGGCUGUAACCGAUGAGCCCCAGGACAACGAGAAUUACGCCAAAGAUGUUGCAGCUUUUAAAAUAAAUGAGCUACCGUUGAGAUCAUACUCGGCACACUUAGACAGUUUCUGCUUGAGUUCAGGACAAACAUUGAAUCCCACCAAUAUCCAGGAGAGAGACAUACCUCCACCCGGAUUUGGAACGCAAGAUCAAUACCCGAUCGGAGAUUUGAGCGGUAAACUUACCAACCGCAAUAAACGUGAAAACCACAAAAUGUUUCUUCCUGGUAUAAGCGCUGAGCUCAGCGGAUUCUACUGGGAUACGUUUCUUCCUCUACAGGGUAGAAGUAGUAUCGUUUUCCGAGGUUUUAAUGUUCUUCGUUAUAAUCGUACGAACCCUUCCAAUAUAACACAGGUGCCCUGGGCUUGUGGUUCGGUUGCUUUAUAUGAGAUCAGCAGACCAUAUCAAAUUCCGAUUGUUACGGCACAGGUCCUAUUCCGGUAUCCAAUAGUGGGGCGAAUUUUAUUCCGACAAGUAAAAGAUGAGUAUUGGGGAGAUACAUCUAUAGUAAUAGAGUACUUAAUCCAUGCCGAUGGUUCACAAGUGAACAACACGGCAAUACAUCGCUGGGCAGUAACUAAUGAUCCUCCCGGGAAGGAUUUCUAUGAUUGGCAGAAUAGGUGUGUUAGCACCGGAGUCAUCUUUAAUCCGCAGAAAGCAUCUUUCGGUGCACAAACAUGGGAAUCAAAGUGCACAUUGUACUCACAGGAACUAUGUCGAAUAGGAGAUCUAUCCAAUAGACUAGGAACGCUAGAUAUAGCCGGCAACAAAGCAGAAAGUCAACGCAUCAGCCGCAGAAUGUUUGUCGAUCAGAAUCUUCCUUUGAGCGGUCCAUCGAGUAUAAUUGGUCGAUCAAUUGUAAUUUACGAUGAUCAUGGUCCACAGGCGAGAGGCGAACGUUUGGCAUGUUCCAUAAUAGGCGGCUAUCAUCGGAGAAAAGUGGUCGCUAGGGAUUGGUACUCAAAUGGUGAUCCAUUCACAAUCAAAGGCAAACUGGAGAUGAUACAGCAAUCCGAGUACGAUCUUACGAAUGCAGAGGUGGACUUUAAAGGAUUGGUGGCUAACAGUGGUUAUCAUGUGCAUAUUGCACCGGUCGAAGGCGAUUUGGAGUUUCCGUGUGAAGAUUCCUCCGUGUAUGGCCACUGGAAUCCACGCAACGUCGAUCCAAAGCAAUCCCCUGCUCCAGCAAUGGGUAGUACAGAUCAGUACGAGAUUGGUGAUCUAAGUGGAAAGUUCGGUACACUGGAUGGAGUUUCUAUGUACGAACAGUCGUACAACGAUUCCCGGUUGCCACUGUUUGGCUACGAAAGCAUCAUCGGUCGAUCGAUCGUCAUUCAUAAGAAGGAAAGAAAUCGCAGAUGGGCUUGCAGUACACUGGAACGUGGGUACAGUCCCAGUGAAGCAAGAGAAAUACGAGCUAUCGCGUCGUUCCAUCAUCCGGUUGGGUUCGCAUACGGUUACAUCCGGAUGACCCAGUUGAUCGGGAAUGAUGGUAGCCAAAGUGAUACAAUUAUCGAGGUGAAGUUGAGAUACCCUGGAAAACAUGACCGCAACAUGACCUUCAAUCACAACUGGCAAAUUUGGGUAAACCCUGUCGGUGUGGAUGCCACAGUAAAGCAAGUUGAAACCCGAUGCGUUGCUGCCGGUUACGUGUGGAAUCCUUACUACACCCAAUUAGCGGAUCCACUGAAUCAAGAUCUCUAUCGUCAAGAGUGUGGCCCUGAUAAUCCGUUACGGUGCUAUGUCGGAGACGUAUCAGCUCGAUUAGGUACCAUCAACAUCGGAGAGCGCCGAAUGGUUUUCACCGAUAGCAACUUUCCACUUGAAGGUACGGUAAGUGCCUUAGGCCGAGCUAUAGUCAUUUUUGGACCCGAGAAGUCACCGGAUCGAUUCGCUUGUGCAAAGAUUGAACCCGAUCACGAUAUUGUGAAAUACAUUAACCUCAAGAAACCACCACGUUUCGUGGUAGCGCAGUUCCUGGAAGAAAUUCGCACUGUCAUGGGACUACCCGAGUGGAUGUUGGCAAUCGAUUCACGAAGCACGAAAUCGCUUCAUAACGAUGCCUGCGUCCAAAUGAUCGUGCACUUCAAAGGUCCUAGUGCACAUCAGAUCGAGCAGGACUUUUCCAAGCUGCUAGCGAUCGGUCGACUCGAUCAGCCAAGUAUCUAUAUUCCGGGAUACGUGAAUCCGAAACGCAAGAAGACACUUUCUUACCGAACAUGCGGAGUUCGUGAUCCUACUGAUAAAAACAGUAAAGAUUUCUUUAGUGGAACUGGUUCAACGAAGAACUCAUUUGACCUGACGGUUAUAGCAUUCAUAGUGUAUGCACUGACAACGUUACUCAAUUAUUCAGUAUGUGAUAUAAGAGAUUAGCUGAAUUCCUAGAAUUCUGUAACUUUGUUGAAACAAAAUAAAAGAAAUAAAAAGAUGUUAACCGUCGAAUCA